AUUCAAUUCAAUUUUUUUUUUGUUUUAUAAAUCUUUGAUGAUCGUUUAAGCUUUUUUUGCUGUCAAAUUCUUUUUCAUCGUGCAUCAAGAUAUUCUAUUGUAUUAUCAUAAUUGUGAUUGACUUAGUAAAGACAAUAGAAUAAAAAUGAACCAACAUAUUUCCGACAAUAAUAAUUCUGUAAUAGCUCCAAAUUCUGGAUUUUCCAUAACAGAAAUGCCCAAAUUGGAACAAGUAUAUUCUUUAAUCAAAGCAAUGUAUGAACAAGAAGAAUGCAAAGAAUUGGCUUCAAAAUGGUUAGAAGAAUUUCAACGAUCCAUAUUUGCAUGGAAAAUAUCCGAUCAAUUGUUAAUAAAUAAAAUUGAUUUUCAAUCAUGUUAUUUUGCUGCACAAACAUUGAAAACAAAAAUUUUACAUUCAUACACUGAACUACCAGUUGAAAGUUAUGAUUCAUUAAAAAAUUCUCUCAUUAAUCAUUUGAUCAAUAUGAAAAUGAAACCGAUCGAAACUCAGCUUUGUCUCUCUCUAACUUAUAUUUUUUAUAUCAAUGAUAAUUGGCAAAAUCCAUUUGAAGAGCUUUCGCAAAAAUUACCCAAAUGUACAUUUAUUGAAAUUCUCAUAUGUAUCGCACAGGAAUAUGAUGAAAGUAGACCAAUGUUUAAGCUACCUAAAACACGACGUGAUCAACUUGAACAGUAUAUGUCAAAUAAUUUUGCAAUGGUCAUUCAAUUGUUGAUUUCCUGUUUUCAAGAGUCACGUACUUGUGAUAAUAUUACACAGGAAUUCAUUAGUCAAAAAUGUUUUUCAUGUUUCGAAUCUUGGCUAAAUUUUACCAAAGAUAAUGUCGAUCUUAUUCGUUCAAUGUUGGCUAUCACUUUUGAAUUUUUAAGAAAUCCCGAUUGUUCGGUUGAUACACAUGAGAAAGCAUCAGAUGCUCUAUGCAAAGUGAUUUAUCAAUGUGAAGCACAUAGUCAUUUCGCCGAUAUACGUGUUGAAGUUAUCGAAUUAGUUUAUGCUUUGGAAUCAUGUUAUGAUAAUGCAUUGGCUACUGAAGAUUCUGAAAAAUUAAGAGAUUUGACAAGAAUUUUUGUCGAAUUAGGCAAUUCAACUAUCGAAUUUCUAAUUUAUGAUCAAAUCGAUUUGAAAAUCAUGCACUUAAUUCUUAAAUGUGUUGGGCAUUAUGAAUUUGAAGUGGCAGAAAUUACAUUCAGUUUUUGGUAUAAUUUUUCGGAAGUUCUUCGAAAACAUGAUCAUACUAAAUUCGCUCCAUACUACAAUCAUUUAUUUACAUCUUUGACACGUCUUUGUCGUUUAGAAGUUGAUUCAGAAAGUAUUAUUGAUGAAAAAUCCGAUGUAUAUGAUUAUCGAUCUCAAAUCCAUGAACUAAUUCAAGAAAUUUGUGUGUGCUUUGAUUGGGUUAAUUAUACAAUCUCAAUGAAUGUUAUGGAUAAUUUCAGGCCAACAACUUCGUGGGAAAUUAUUGAAGCUCAUUUAUAUAUCAUGUAUUGUAUUGCCUAUUCUGAAGGUAUCGAUGUUGAAAAUCCACACAAAAAUGAAGUUCUAUCCGGAAUGAUUAAUCACAUUCUCAAUUUGAUCAAUCAACCCGGUGCCGAACAGGUACAUAUACAGAUCUAUGCCACGAGUUGUGAUCUGAUUGGCGAACUAGAUGAAUGGGUCAAUGAUAAUCCAAAUUUCUUACAACCAGUCAUAAUGUUCUUGCUUAAUAAUAUUACCACCAAUCAUAUCAAGCAAACCAAAUUAUCGAUAAAAGCUGCAAUCGCUUUAAAACAAAUACUGAGCACUAUGAAUAACAUUGUUGAUUUUGAUUGGAUUUCCAAAUUAUUUCAUGAUCUGGAACAGAUCUAUAAACUAAUUGAAGAUCGUGUUGAGUUAGGUGUACCGAUUAUGGCCUGCUGUACAGCGAUACUGUCUAUUCAGAAUAAUGAAAAAUUUGAGCAACAAGAAAUUUUAUUUCAAAAAUCAUUGCAAAAUUGUCUUGACAAAAUUCAGGUCGUAUUGAAUCAAAAAUCAUCGAUAGAAGAACAAAAACUGAAAUGGGAGAAAAUCAUUGACAAUAUCUAUGCAGCAUUCAAAAAUUUUACUCCGAACGAAAAGACCAAAAAUUCGACUGUGAUACAUGCCCACAUUCGUGAUAAUAUAUGGCCAUUUUUGAAAGAAUCCAUUACACAUUUCGCCCCGAUCGAUUCACAAGUGAUUGAACAUUGUUCACGUUGUAUUCGUUGUAUUAUUCGUUCAAUGAAACCUUUAUAUCUUUUGCAGCCUAUCGUUGAUCAUAUCGUUCCAUUAUAUCAAAAUUUUCCAAGCAAUUCUUCCCUUCUAUAUAUUGCUUCCGUUUUGGUCGAUGAGUUUGCGGAUCCAAAUAAUCAAAUUUUGGCCGAUGGCUUAAUUCGGAUGCUCAACGCAUUUUCUAUGGCUACGUUUGGUUCUCUAAAUGAAAACAAUCUCAAUCUUAAUCCUUUUACGGUUGACGAUUAUUUCAAAUUAUGUACACGUACGAUGACCAAGCUUCCCGAAAAAUUUAUGACAAAUGUUGAAACAUUAAAUGGAAUUAUCAGCUUGGCCAUUAUGUCCAUUUAUUUGCCACAAAAAGAAGCAAAUGAAUCGAUAACAAAAUUUUUUGUUAAAUUUUUACAGUUAGGACAUCCAUUAGUUUCCACACAAUAUUUGGCAGCCGAUUUUGGUCGUAAUAUAUUUUAUUCAUUGAUCGAUUCAAUAAUGUUUAAAUUGCCUAGCUUUUUUAUACCGGAUAUGGUCGAGGCGAUCUGGUUGUUUAAAAAAGAAUACCCUGAGUUUUUUGAUCGAUAUCUACAAUAUACAACGGAAAAUCUAUAUCAAAAAAUACAGAAAGAGGGAUAUAAUAUCAGCCAUGAUAGAUUAAAAAGUUUCUACGAUAAUUUACGGAGUGCCAGCCAUCCUAAACAUAUGGUCUGUGAAUUACGUUACUUUCAACGUUUUUUUACUUCCCGAUGGUGAUGAUUAUGAUGAUAAAUUUCGAUCUGACGACAAUGAUUUAUAAAAAUAGCAAUUCGAUUUAUAAAUGUAUAUA